AUGUCGAAACCCCGGCUGGUGGCCAGCAAUGACCGUUUCUGCCGCUUCCUCGAGGAGUAUUGCCCUGUUGUGACAGAAACUUACUAUCCCACGAUUUGGUGCUGGGAAGGUCGGGUGCAGACACUCCUGCGUCCCUUUAUCACCUCUAGGCCCCAAGUACAGUACAGGAAUGAGCUUAUUAAAACAGCAGAUGGAGGACAGAUUUCAUUGGAUUGGUUUGAUAAUAACGACAGCUUAUAUUAUCCGGAUGCCAGCACAAGACCCACUGUCCUGUUGUUGCCUGGACUGACAGGAACAAGCAAGGAAUCCUACAUUCUUCAUAUGAUUCAUCAAAGCAAAACGUUGGGAUAUAGAUGCGUGGUUUUUAACAAUCGGGGAAUUGCUGGUGAGGAACUUUUGACCCCAAGGACUUACUGUGCAGCUAACACGGAGGACUUGGAGGCUGUUAUCCACCAUGUGCACAGCCUGCACCCCUCGGCUCCGUUCCUGGCAGCCGGUGUUUCUAUGGGAGGGAUGCUUCUUUUAAAUUACCUGGGCAGAACUGGCAGAGACACUCCUUUAAUGGCAGCUGCAAUUUUCUCUGCGGGUUGGAAUGUUUUUGAAUCUGUAGAAUCUCUGGAGAAGCCACUAAACUGGCUUCUUUUCAACUAUUACUUGACUACUUGUCUACAAUCCUCUAUCAGCAGGCAUAGACAAAUGUUGGAGAAAUUAUUUGAUAUGGAUCUUGUGAUGAAGGCUAGAACUAUUAGAGAAUUUGAUAAGCAGUUCACCUCAGUCAUGUUUGGCUACCGUACAAUUGAUGAUUACUAUGAAGAUGCCAGCCCAUGUCGCAAGCUGAAGUCGGUAGGAAUUCCAGUGUUGUGUCUAAACUCUGUGGAUGAUGUUUUCUCACCAGGUCACGCUAUACCCAUAGAAACUGCCAAACAAAAUGCAAACAUUGCUUUGGUUCUGACUUCAUGUGGAGGCCAUAUUGGUUUUCUGGAAGGCAUAUGGCCAAGGAAGUGCACUUACAUGGACAGAGUCUUCAAGCAGUUUGUGCAAGCGAUGUUUGAGCACGGAAACAAAAUCAUGUAGCUUUGGACCAGGAUUACAGCACAAUGGCACAUUCUGACAAGGGCAGUUAAGCUUAAUGCACAGAUUUUAACUCCUGUUAAGCCAGCAAGUGGAUAAAGUCCAUUACUACAUGCAAAAAUAUUUUUUGCCUAAGAUUUUGUAGCAAGAAACUAAAUAUUAUGUUGUCACUUUUGUAUUUUUUUUUAAUAUGCCUUACUAAGAAUGACUUUACAUGAAACUGAAUUCUGCAUACAUCAAAUUGCACUUAACCAAAACCAUCAAGUAAACAGAAUAUAAUUCCUCAGGAUUCUAAUUUAAACCAGUACAUAUUUAGGAGACUUAAUUUAGAUGGCUUUUAAUAUAGAAUGGCAAAAUUCAAAAUAGCAUAUAUUACCCUGUCACACAUAAUAAGUUGG